AUGGCGUCGAAGGUGCCGCUACUGGUGUUGUCUCUCGGGACGAGCGGUGCGUUGCUCCUUGUGGCGGCCAAGCUCAGUGACUCUGUGGCCGACACGCCGGCCGUGCCGCUCGCCUUCUUCGCACUGUUGCCGACGCUUAUAUCCGUCAGCGUCGUCACUGAAGGCCACGGAUGGAGCUUUUUCGCGCAGUUAUGGGAGACGUUGACCGCCUUGCUGGCCGUCGGCCGCCAGGCCCAAGAGCACAAGAUAACGCCGGCCGAGGCACUGGCCGUCGCCCGGGCCGAACUCUUCAAGGCCUUUAGUGAACGCUGGCCACAACACGGCCAGGCAUCGCUCACUCGGCCACGUCGACUGAGCAGCCAACGGCCCGAGGUCGUGUCGUCCAGUACAAGCGGCAGCUCGCUGUACGAGCAGGUCAAGGGUAGUCUGAAGGACCACAUGUUCAGUCGUAGCGCGGCCGACGCGCCCGUGUACCUCAUGGACCCGGCCACGGGGUAUUUCCUGCGGGUUACGCAGCACCGUAAGCUCGUGUUCACGAGCAAGCCCAAUACGUCAUGUCUGUUCCAUGUGGAGCGUGGCAAGACCCACCACUGGGGCUUUCGGGCCGUGGCCACACAACGAUACAUGGGCCAAAACAUAGUACAAAAGAUGGUGGCGACCAGCAAGAAAUCACACGCAUGGGAAGCCUUCCGUGUGCUGCAACGACCCGGCGACAAAGGGGCCGGAGCGUGCAGUCCACAAGUAUAUCUGAUACUGUGUUCGGCCCGGUUCGGCAAGGGCAUGUGGCUGGCCGACAAGCCCGGAUCCACGAGUUUCGCCCACCCGUCCGUGCCGACCAGCAGAAGCAACAGCGCGAGCUUAGACGACGAUGAGUCACACAGUGAACAUGAUCGUAGUGGCCACGGCCCAUCUCGCCGACGUGGUGUCUUCUUGUCGAAACAAUUCGAUCAUGCCAUAGGCUUACUAUACAGCUCAGACGUGUCGGCCUUGAUGGCCGCAGCCGAUAGCGCGUCUCAGUCGAGCGCGUCGUCGGCCCGUGCCUUGGCCCGAGCACAGACCGCUCCGCACUUAACCGGAGGCUUCCUACAAGCAAAGGGUACUGCGUUCCAGGCCCCCAUACUCACGAGAUGGGAUAUGGGCGACAUGUAUCUACCGUGGCUAGAAGCGGACGCCAACGCCACGUCGUUCCUGGAGAUGAAGGAACAAGACAUGACCGAGUUGAUGACGGCCACUAUACCCGGGUCAAGUGUAAGUGAAUUCCUAGAGAUGGUAACUCCGCGCUCUACACGUCUCAAGUGCAAGAUGGAGCGAGCUAAACUAGCCACCUCUGCGCCUGUAGGAUCAGCGUCAAGCUCUGCGUCGACUGGAGAAAAAGAUAGCGACGAUGUGCUUCGAGACUGGCAUUCCCACCCUCGUUUCGGCCUCGUACGAGCGCUCAGUUAUCAUCCUGAUGCAGCCACUAUACCUACCAUGGGGAGCAGUAGAGGAACGGGGAAGAACGUGACGCUAAACAGCAUGAAAGCCGUCACUAUCGAACAGUAUCACUCGUGUACGAUAGAGGACGAUUCUCUCGAGGACGAGCUACAAGGUGACCAGAAAUUGCCACAUAGGGCUUCGCUUCGCUCCAAGAUCUACACGCUCAGUAUCCCAUACAGCAACUGCUUCUCGAUCGAAGUUAUCGUGGACGUCGAGGACAUUCCUGUCCGCGAAGAUUCCGACAUGAAUACUGAAGACAAGUCAUCUUCUUUUGACAAAAACAGUAUGAAACUUACUGGACUGCAUAUCCGAUGGCGAGCGGGUGUAACUUUCUCGCGAGAUACAAUUCUUAAGACGCAACUUGAACGUGGAGCAUUGGAAGGCGUUCGGAGCACGUGUACGACUCUACUGAAGCUGCUGCGGGACGCGAAUACGAGACACCAGUUCGGACACUUGGCCUUCCUACCACGAACAUUCGCGCUCGAAGUCAUGAAAGGCCUCAUUGCAGCAAUUUCCGAUGCGACCCCUCUUUCUGACAAUCUCAGUACUCUGCCUAUCCAUCUCCCAUGGCGAUCUUUUAGUCGCGGCUCGUCCUCGUCUCGUGGGAUUGUCCCCUCUCAGGCGAUGGUGGCCGCCACGGUCGCUCCUUUCUUCGAGAGUAUACCGGAAGAGUUCGCCCAAGUACUUGAAGAGAAUAUGGGCAGUAAGGUGACGGCGCCCUUGUUUUUCGAGGCCUUACUGUCCGAUGCUUGCUCCUUUUUCCGCUCGGCACACACACAGAGUGGCAACAUGGAAGUUGACAUCAGUGCCUGGCGUGCUAUUGUGGCGUCCGGACAGGCACGUGAACGUACCAAUGGGUUCAUACGUAAGCAGGUUUUCCGAAUGCCGCUGAGUGGGAUCCCGGGAGUCGACGUGGCCCAAGUGGAGGAUUUCCAAUACUACGCGCUUAUUAAAGCUCGAAACCAAGAUCCACCAGUAUCUUCUUUGACAGAUAGCGGACGAGGAGACAAACGCACGGAUAGUUCUCGAGGAGAAAAAAGAGGUGGGUCGCAUACGGGUCGGGACAAAAAGCGUCCGCCGUCGGGACUAAGUAAAGAGACCAAGACUCGUGACUUGAAGCCACGUACUAAACGUCGACGCUUGGAGUUUGGCAUGAAGCUGUUUGUGCCUGCUCUGCCGGAAGGAUCGCAGUUCUCGAUUGAGGUGCUAGCGGUCGUGGAGCCAGCGGAUGAUGACUCGUCCGACAACGUCCUUCGCAUCUUCUUUGCUUCACCUCCGCGUCAUCGACACCCCGAGACACGUGGACAUGCUGUGGUGAACCCACAUGUUGUGGCCGGUGUCUUAAGGGGGUUGAAGCAGAUCUGGAAGCAGGUGGCGCACACUAUGAUGGAAAUCUGCGAGAUCAACAGCGACUACGUUGUGCUUCCUACUCAACUUCAAGUGCCGUCUCUUGGUCUGGACGAACGGGAGCUUUACUUGCUGCAACAGUCGAGAGCUAAUCCGAAUUUGCCCACACAUGACGAGCUUGCUUCGAGAGUCAUAGAAGCGAUUGCAGCGGUGUAUUGAUAACGGACAUUGUCAGGAAUUUACGGUAUGUGAGGAAAUAAAGUAC